CAAACACUAAUUAUUGUGUCACAAAUAUUUCAUUUUUUCCUGUCAUCUCUGUAAGCGUAAAGAGAAUUUUGUAAUUGACUUGGUAAAUGUAUAAAAGUAUUGUAUUUAAUAUUGGAAUACGUUUGCUGUAAGUGUUCCACUAAAACGUGGAGUUGUUACUAGAUUGAAAGUGAUAUACUUGUAAAGUAACACACAUAUUUACGAUGGAUACGUCAACAGAUAUGAAGUAGUUGGUUACACAAUUCAUGUUUCAGUAUAUUGUAUUUAUACGGCGAAUCACACACAUCUAUUUUCAUCUUUACCACAUAUAUUAUGUACAAUCGCCAUCCUUCCUUAAGAGGUAUCAUGAGUGCCUCCCCAAGAAAAAUGCCAUCACCCAGUUUUGAUGAUUUGGACGAGGAGUUUGAAUUGACUUUUGAUGAUAAAUCUCUAAUCAUGGAUUUAAUGUUUAUUGAACAUUUUGUUCGGCUAGAUGAUGACAGUGAUGACGAAGAAUACCGCUGUUUGUUCAGUUGUGAUAUAUGUCAUGGGACAUGUUCGGCUACUUCGAGUCCAGAUUACAGUGACAACGCCAGUGAUUUAACUCUUACACCAGAAAAACGAACACAUAUUAUCAAACAACUGAUGCACGACUUUUUCAAAGAAGCUUGGGUGAAAAAAGCAGAAAAACGUAAAAAAGUUUAUGCGAAGAAGCAAAAUAAAUUAAAACAUUUAGAUAUAGAAGGCAUUGAGAAAGAAGCCCAUGAGAAAGAAGCCCAACCAGAAACAGUAUUGAACACAAGUAAGAAAGUUGUCACGAAAUUGAAGAGAUCAAUAACUCCACCGUUUGUACCUUGCAAACAAAAAUAUAUGAAAAUAGAGAAAGAGAUGUUUUACGAAAAAAAUGAGCAAACAGUAGCUAUGAAUCCAAAACAAAAGAGUACAGUUUGUAAUACUAAAUUAGAACCAAUGGACGAUAGGAAGAGUCCGUUUUACAUUCAACGUGAUUGGGUGAAUGUUGAGUUAUAUCAAGAUGGACUACUAAACAAUAAUUGGAACCCUACUCAGGUGAUGUACGAGAUCUGCUCCCAAUGUAGCAGGGGAACUCCUGAGUUCUCUAUGAUCCAUUACUAA